AUGGCUGCCCAAUCCCGCGCAGCAAUGAAGCUCGACUGGAGCAAAGUCGGCACCCAACUCGGUCUCCGCGGCAGCACAGCUACCGCCCUAGCGAACUUCAAGAAGCGAAACGACGACGCCCGCCGCCGGGUGCAGGUGCUGCAAGACCAGCCCUCCACCGUCGACUUCGGACACUACCGCUCCAUCCUGAAAAACACGGCUGUAAUCGACGAGAUCGAGCAGUACUUCAAAACCUUCCAGCCGAAAACCUACGACGUUGGUAAGCAGAUCAAGGCCAUCGAGAGCUUCGAACAGGUGGCAAUCAAGAAUGCAGAGGAGACCAAGGGUAAAGUGGAGGUCGAGCUAAGGAGCUUGGAGAAGGCUUUGAACGAUAUUGAGGGCGCAAGACCGUGGGAUGAGACUACCGUUGACGAAGUUGCUGCCGCGGCGCCGGAGAUUGACGAGUACACGGCUAGGCUGGUCAAGAAAGGACGAUGGAUGCCACCGGGAUACCAGGAGAGGUUCCCCAAUUUGUCGGUGCUGUAG